UUAUCUUCAAGCAAUUGUAGUAAGAAGCUGUAAAGUUGAGCUGAGAAGCACAUGUUGAACUGUUAAAGAUAGUGAAGUGGGGAAAGACUUUACUUGCUGGACAUUUCCAGGGAUGCUACUGCUACCCUGGUUAGUUCCGCUGUUUUUCUGCUGUGCUGUGUUGUGUUGAGGCGUUCGAUAAAGACCUCUGCUUUGAACAUACAAGACUGCAAACACAUCUUUGGUUCAUAUUAAGGUUAAAAACUUGUCAACGGGAUGGCAAGUGACUCCCCUCGCAGACCAAGCCGCUGUGCUGGAGGGGUUGUGGUUCGAGCCCAGGCUGCCACUGAGCAGUCAUACAUGGAGAGUGUGGUCACAUUUCUACAGGAUGUAGUCCCUCAGGCAUAUACAGGUACUCCACCAACUGAUGAAAAGGAGAAGAUUGUUUGGGUGCGCUUUGAAAAGGCUGAUCUCAAUGAUGUGUCCCGCUCCCCGGAGUUUCUGGAGAUGCAGGGCAGUGGCAAUGAUCCUCCACUGUGUCUCAUGAUUGGCUACUCGGAUGGUAUGCAGAUUUGGAGCAUAUCGCUGAGUGGAGAGGCACAGGAGCUGUUCUCAGUGCGCCACGGUCCAGUGCGGGCUGCCCGGCUCCUGCCUGCUCCCCAUAUCAGUCCCCUGAAGACGGACAGCUUUGCAGAGAAGAGGCCUCUACUGGGCGUGUGCAAGAGCACGGGGUCCUCAGGGACAAGCCCUCCAUACUGCUGUGUGGACCUCUACUCUCUGAGGACGGGGGAAAUGGUAAAAUCCAUCCAGUUCAAAACCCCUAUUUAUGAUCUACAUUGCAACAAAAGGAUUCUUGUGGUCAGUUUGCAAGAGAAGAUUGCAGCUUUUGACAGCUGCACAUUUACAAAAAAGUUCUUUGUCACAAGCUGCUACCCUUGUCCUGGGCCUAACCUGAACCCGAUAGCUCUUGGGGACCGAUGGCUAGCUUAUGCAGAGAACAAGUUGAUCCGGUGUCAUCAGUCACGUGGAGGAGCCUGUGGAGACAAUGCCCAGUCCUACACUGCUACCGUCAUCAGCGCCGCUAAAACUCUGAAGACCGGUCUGACCAUGGUGGGGAAAGUGGUGACCCAGCUGGCGGGCACGCUGCCCUCUGGCGCCCCUGACGAGGAGGGCUCGCCCCACAGUGCCACGCGGCGAAGCCCCCACGUGCCCGGCGUCAUCACCAUCAUCGACAUGCAGAACGUCGGAGAGGGACAGGUCCUGGUGAGUGACGACUCGGAUGGCGAGGGAAUCGUGGCCCACUUCCCAGCCCAUGAUAAACCCAUAUCCUGCAUGGCGUUCAACCCGAGCGGUAUGCUCCUGGUGACCACAGACUCGUUGGGCCACGACUUCCAUGUCUUCCAGGUCCUGACACACCCGUGGGCGUCCUCUCAGAGCGCCGUGCAUCACCUGUACACCCUCCAUCGGGGAGAGACGGAAGCUAAGGUGCAGGACAUCUGCUUCAGCCACGACAGCCGCUGGGUGGUGGUCAGCACGCUGCGGGGCACCUCGCACGUAUUCCCCAUCAACCCGUAUGGCGGGGCGCCGUGCGCACGCACACACAUGUCCCCGCGCGUGGUCAACCGCAUGAGCCGCUUCCAGAAGAGCGCCGGCCUGGAGGAGAUCGAGCAGGAGCUCAGCAGCAAACAGGGCGGCCGCUGCAGCCCCAUUCCUGGAUUGUCCAGCAGCCCGUCUGGCUCACCGCUGCACGCUAAACUCACCAGUCAGGAGUCCUACAACAACUUCACCAACAACAACAUGGGCAACCCGCGGCUGUCCCCUCUGCCCAUCCUCACCAUUGUGCUGCCCCUGGCACAGAUCAAGCAGCCCAUGACCCUCGGCACCAUCACCAAACGCACUGGUAAAGCCAAGCCUCCGCCCCAGAUUUCACCCAGCAAGUCCAGCGGUGGGGAGUUCUGCGUGGCAGCCAUCUUUGCCCCUUCUCGCUCCUGGUUCAUCACCAACCCCAACAUGAAGAGGGAGAAAGACCAAUCCCGCCAGUCGGUGGUAGAAUCCCUGUACAUCCUGAGCUGCUACGGCAACUUGGUGGAGCACGUCCUUGAGCCGCGUCCGAUCAGCACGGCCCAGAAGAUCAGUGACGACACGCCCCUGGAGCUCAACACCUGUCCUCGGGCCUGCUGGACUUUGGCCCGGACGCCACAGUGGAACGAGCUCCAACCACCUUUCAACAACAACCACCCAUUGGUCCUGGCGUCAGACUUGGUGCAGUACUACCAGUACCUCCUGGCUGGCUUGGUGCCUCCUGGAAGCCCUGGCCCCAUCACACGCCACGAGUCCUACGACAGCCUGGCCUCAGACCACAGCGGGCCAGACGACGAAGAGUGGCUCUCUCAGGUGGAGAUCGUGACCCACACCGGGCCUCACCGCCGCCUGUGGAUGGGCCCCCAGUUCCAGUUUAAGACCAUCCACCCGUCAGGCCAGACCACGGUCAUCUCCUCCAGCUCGUCUGUGCUGCAGUCCCAGGGCCCCUCCGACUCCCAGCAGCCCCUGCUGGACUUCGACACCGACGACCUGGACCUCCACAGCCUGAGGAUCCAGCCAGUGCGCUCAGAGCCAGUGAGCAUGCCUGGCUCCUCUCGGCUUGUGGCCGAUCGGAGAGGCCAGUCCAUUGAUACGGGAUCAGGAACGUUCGACAGGAGCGUGACCCUGCUGGAGGUGUGCGGCAGCUGGCCCGAGAGCUUCGGCCUGCGUCACAUGACCCCAGCCGACACCACGGAGGAGGGCCUCAGGGAGAGGCUGGCCGACGCCAUGUCUGAGUCGCCCAGCAGGGACAUCGUGGGCUCCGCAACAGAGUUGCAGAGGGAGGGGAGCAUUGAGACCCUCAGCAACAGUUCUGGAUCUACUAGCGGCAGCAUCCCCCGCAACUUCGAGGGCUAUCGCUCGCCGCUGCCCACCAACGAGAGCCAGCCGCUCAGUCUCUUCCCCACCGGCUUCCCCUGAGACCCCCGCACGCUUCUCCUGAGACCUCCACACACACACACACACACACACACGGAGAGAAGGAUCUCCUACCCCCCUGGACCCCACCACCACCAUCCCUCCUCUUGCUGCCCCCUGAUCGCCCGCCAGACAAUCGUGAUGUUUAAGACAUACCCAUCAUCCUAGGGGGAUCACACACAUGGGAUGUUUCUCUAUGAGGCCAUCACUCACCCCUCCUCUCCUCCCCCUUUCCCCCUUUCUUCUUUUGUGUCUUUUUCAUCCUUUCUUCACCCCCCCCCCCCCCCCCCCCCCAACCUGACCACUGCCCUGUUGAUCCCAGGAUCCCAGCCUCCCCAUGGUCGAUAAGGCAACAUCUCAAGUCAGGAUGAAUGAAUAAGGAUGACCCUGUCUCCCAGCGCUAUGCUACGCUACGCCGUAACUGAAUAACUUCAUGUUAACUUGUGUUACAACAGCACUCAUAGGUGUUGUAUGUCGUCAUAGGAUGAGUUAUUCCCUUCUGUUCCAGUAAAUGAGAGAGACAGAGAGGAAGAGAGAUAGAGAGAUACAGAUAUGUGAUAUUUUUGUCUGAUGUUGAUAGAAGGGAUCAUUUUGUUCCACUCACCUGUGGAUGUGAGCCACCAUUGAUAUCAUCAUCAUCAUCAUCAUCUCCUCUUAUACAGUAUGUGACUGUUUCCACGACUCAAUGACUGAAUAGACAUGCUUGUGGGACUGUGUGUGUGUCUGUGUGUGUGUGUGUGUGUGUACUGAUUACCUCUACACUGAGCGUGAGCAUGAAGUCAUGCGAUCGUUAGUGUUUACUUUAAACGGAUCCAGCAGCGAGUCAGGCUGAGCUGAGGGUUGGCUGGCGUGGUGGUGGUGGUGGUGGUGGUGUUUGUUGUUGAAGCGCUUGCUGCUGAUGCUGCCGCUGCUCCUCGUCUCUCAGAUGUGUAAUUGUAAUUGCCUUCAGGUGAUACUCUACCUUUUCCUCAGACAUGUUUUUUUUUGUUUGGAAACACAUUUCAAGUUGAAAACAGAUGAAGGCAUAAUCAGACAGGCAAGACAUGAAUUGCAGAUCCUCAGUCGCAAUUUAGAAUUGAGUUAGCCCCUAUAGCAGCUUAGCCAGGUGCCCUUUUUAAAUCAUUCUGUUAUUUCAUACAUACGCAUGGCUUACUAAGACAUCCGUUUUUAUUGAUUUCUUCUUUUUCCCUCUUCUUGUGAACCUGAUAUUGUUCAGCAAAUUUCUUUGUAUUCCUUGCUCCAUGUGCAGAGGUAUGGAUUUCAUAUUGUAAGAUUUUUGAGCCUUUGUGGGUGAUUUAUUUUCCGUUGCUGUAAUUAUAUUUCAGAUUUUUUUUUAGGAUGUAUUCAAUCCUUUGAUUUGUUUAUUCUUACAUGGGUUGCUUUUGUUUUGUUUUUUCAUAAGGGAUUUUAAAUGAGCUAUUUGGAGCCUAUUCAUGUUGAAGUAGGAGCCAUGGUCCUAACACCAAAAGUCUUGUGGUGCAUGGGUGGUCCUUUAGCCUGAUACCUGGUGUUUAAUCAGGUUUUACACACACACACACACACACACACACACACACACACACACACACACACACUUACACAAUUGGCUAACUACCAGCUCACUUUUAAGUUCACACCAAUAUCUCCAAGCUGAGCUGACAUAACUUGCACUAAUUUUAAAACUGUUUCGAUAUCAACAUGAAAUUAUGAAAUUAUGUUUAAUUUCCGAAGUAGAUCUACCAUUUACCACAGAUUUACAGCCUCAACACUUAGCCAAGUAUGCUAGUGCAGAGGACAGUUACAAAUAAAAAGUGCCCCAUGUUGAUUGUACAUGACCUAGCAAUGCAUGUAUUAGAUAAAAAUGAAUGGCUUUGAGUGUUACAGAGGAGAGAGGGGAGAAUUUUAUGCUUGUUAGUGUAUGGCUUUAAUAGUGGCUUAAAGGGGCAUGAGGUGUAUCUGUGAAUGAAGCACCAGAGGACUGUAAACAUUUUUUUCUUUGCUUUGUUUGUUUAAACGUUGAAUGUUAUUGCCCCCUCCUUAGCCAUGAAUCUGCGCACGUGACAUGAAAAGACUUCAGAAAAAAAGGCCUUUUGUCUGUUCUUUGAAGACAACGAUGGACACAUACCUAUAUAUUUUUAAAUAGUAAAUUUCACAGCUUUUUUCCAUUUUAAUGUGUAAUAUAUCUUAAUAGCGCAUUGUGUGUACUGAGCAAUGGCAUUACUGCGUGUUAAUAAAAAGGAAAAUAUUGUAAUGACAUGUUGAGCAAAUUUUGUAUUGAGAAUAAAUGCUUCCUUCUUCUCACUUUGGUGUCUUAGCUUGGCCAGUCAGGAUUGCUGUCCUCCACAAUCUCUCAUACUCAUCUCCAGGCUGUUGUGACUUUCUAAGUGUUUUUGUUUUUAAACAUGCACUAAUUCCAUUUCAUUGGCUAUUCUUUCUUUUUUUUGUCAAGUCCCACUACUGUCUGUAAUUAGCUUUCCUUCCAUUAAAAUACUAAUGUGAAAUGAUUUGUAAAAGAGAAUUAAACAGAAAAUAUUUC